AUGGCGUCGGAUAGUCGCAAGUCACAGCGUAGCCUCAUGGAUAUGCCGAACGAGAUCCUCCUUGAGAUAUGCGAAAAUCUAUGCUCGCAUUGCUCUGAUAUUCCGACAACUUUUCAAAAGGAUCUAUCAAAUCUCAGCAUGACUAGUAAGCGUUUGCGUGCUGUCGCGCUGCCAGUUCUAUACCAUGAUGCUAGCCCUAGAAACACAUCACUGUUUUUGCGGACUAUUACGAGUGCGGAACACAAACACUUGGCUGCUCAGGUACACCGGUUCUGCAAUAGUGGUGACGAUUGCUCCUGGAGCGAUGAGCUGGAUCACAUCUUAAUUCGUCAUCAACUCCUUGGAGAGGUGCUGGCAGAGCUCACAAACGCAAAGCAGCUGGAUAUCAAUGUACCAUGUGGUUCUGACGCUCGAUUGGAUGGCUUACCAAAGAUGCCGGUUCCAAUGGAGUCCGUCACCACCCUCUCAUUGACGCCUUGGGCCGAUGUUGACCUUGGCCAGAUGAGUGACUUCCUGGCCGCGAUGCCAUGUCUUGAGACAUUGAAAGUGAAGGAUUGUAUGUUAGUUACGCAGCGACUGCCUCUUGCAAGAAUUCGCUCCUUGACAUUUCAUCUUGGCCUGAUAGGACCGAAGAGCCUGCAAAACCUUGUUGACUCGUGUCCGAUAUUGGAGCAUCUUGACCUUUAUUUAACCGAUUUCGUUGGCGCAAUGGCACAGUACGAGCCAGCGCCGCUUACGUGGAGCUCGGCGCAGAGCACACUGCAGUCGAGAAGGGAGACUCUGAAGCAUUUGAGAUUGAGACUUGGUCUAGAUCCCUAUGAUUGGGACCAAGUAAGCCCGGAAGAGUAUUAUGGCAGUUUCCGCGGAUUCGAUUCGCUGGAGAGCCUGUGGGUGUUGACAGCUGGCUUUGGCUCAGUGGACGACCAGGGAACUCCCUCAUUCCCCGAAAAUGUGCAACAGUUGGUCACAAUGCUGCCUGGAUCGCUUACUUGCAUCUAUUUCCAAGGCUUCCACGAAAAAUGGAAUAAAAUACAUGUGAUGGCACAGGCGAUUCGAGAGGGACAUUUCCCACGGCUCAAGAGAGUAGUGGUGGAGGAUUAUUCUUCACCAAUAGACACGGAUACACUUCAACAUUGCGAAAGGUUGUCCAAUCGUCCUGGUGUGCGUUUCGAGUAUUUAAGCUACAUGGAAAUGUACACCAGGUGGAAGCAAUGUUCUACACCUGCAUAUGCAAAAAAGGUGAAUAAUGGCAUUGAGUUUCCAAGGGGGUAG